AUGGAUCUUGAAAGCCGUAUAAAGAGGAAACCUAAAAUUCAGAAACUUGAUGAAGACUCACGAAAUCAAAUCGCUUCACAAUUAUGUAUAAAUACAUUUAGCCAAUGUAUUGAAGAAUUAGUUUUGAACAGUAUAGACGCAAAAUCGACUCAUAUUUUGAUAGCGGUGGAUCCAAAUCGCUUAAAUGUUGAAGUAUGUGAUAACGGUGAUGGAAUAGAUUCCGAAAAUUUAAGAUUCGUUGGUCUACGGCAUUAUACCAGUAAAUAUGUAACUAGAGCUAAUUUACAAGCACCUCACUCUAUCGGCUAUCGCGGUGAAGCUGUAGCCAGUAUCUGUAGCAUAGCUAAAAUUGUCGAAGUGCAAACCAGAUCGAUAACAUCACGAAAUACUUAUACUAAAAAAUUCGUAAAUGGUCUUUCAAUUUCCGAUGAGCCAACUGUAGCGGAGAAAUCAAGAAACUAUAUUGGCACAACUGUAACACUGACUGAUAUAUUUUAUAGCUUACCAGUACGAUAUCAUAGGACAACUACCAUGUGGGAUAGGGAACGUCAUAUUAUUAAACAGAAGUUAGAAGCCCUCGCUAUAAUUUAUUAUCAAAUUACAAUUAUACUUAAAAACCAGGUCAAUGGCGUUAUUUUACUAAAAAGUCACGAAUGCUGUAAUCUAGCUGCAUCGAUUCAAUGUUUGUACGGUAUAACCAUAAAACGAACUCUUCAAAAGAUGGAUUUCAAUAGCGAUAACUUUCAACUUAGUGGCUACAUCGAUACUAUUCACAGCGACAACAAUUAUAAUAGGUAUCCACAAUAUAUCUAUCUCAAUGGUCGCUUAAUGCAUAAAAAUGUUAUUUAUGAUGAAUUAAAUCAUACUCUAUUGGUCAUUUUUAAAUUAAUUAAUCGACAUCGAAAAAAAAUGAUGACACCCAAUCAUUCAUCAAACUGCCCACAAAUUGCUCGUCUAAGUAGAUUAUCGGAUUGCUACAUGUACAUCAUUCACAUAGUAUGCCCUAUUUCCGAAUAUGUUGUAUUGGAAACGAGUAGUAAUAAAAUUCAGUUUAUUCGUCAAGAUAUUGUCCUUUCUGGUAUCAAAAAAUUAUGCUACCAAUAUUUCACCCAGAAUUGGUGGAUGACGCCAGAAGAACUGCACUACUUUGAGAAAAGGAUCUAUACUCCGUUAACAUCACGGUUGACAAAACGUCCUAAAUUAACGAAAGAUUCUUGUGAAAUAACUGCAAUUAAUGGCAACAAACAAAGUAGUUAUAAAGGUAACAUCACCAGUAAUAAGGAUACUCCCAAUAUUUUAUUGGAGCAUAUGAAAUCAGAUACUGUGCGUCGUCAAUGUCUUUCCCGAGACACAAUUACUCCGUGGAAUGCGAAAACUUCUAUCAAAAGCCAUUUUCAAAAUCUCCAGUAUGAUUGCUACAAACAAACAAAAAGUUAUUCAGAAAAAAAGAUUUUGAAGUUGAAUCAAAUUCCACGAGAAAAGAUACUACAAAAGUUUAUUAGUACUGAUCUGGCGGGAAAAGCUGAUAUAAUAUGUGCUCAAAACGAUGAAAAUUCGUUAUAUCAAUACAAAGAUUCAUCGAAUAAGAAAUUCAUCAUAUCUCCCUCAUCAAAUAAAAAUAUUUCUCACCUAAUUUUAUCUCAAAAUGCUAGAGCAAAGUGUUUGAAAACAUUACGCUUCAAACGUAAGAUUAUAAGCCCAACGAAAAAUGUAAAUGCGAUUCCACAAGCUAGACCUCUCACGAAAAAUCUUAUGAAAACGAAUGGAAUUGCUAACAGUAAUGUUCGAUCAAGUUAUAAAAUUAAAAGAUCACACAUACUUUACCAAUCUCAAAUGGCAAAUUACAAUCUAUCACAGCAGAAUUCAGGUUCAGCAACGAGCAGAUUAUCUGCUUUCAAAGAAUUUACCAGUGCGACAAUAGCUUUAAAACUAACAUCAUCUACAUUGGAUAACUGCCAAGUUAUUGGUCAGGUGGACAAUAAAUUCAUUGCAUGUGUGAUAAAAGGCUAUAUUAACUAUAUAGCACCGUACUUUCGUCAUUUAGCAGGUGAUAAUAAGGAAAAUUAUCUUGUGCUAAUCGAUCAGCAUGCCGCUGAUGAAAGGAUCAGGCUUGAAAAAUUGCUGACAGAUUAUUGUCAAAAGCCGGAGGAAGGUCUACUAUCUGUAAAUGUGAGGCCACCUAUAGCACAUAUCACUAGCCAUAAUAUAUUCAGCGCAAUCCAUAAUUCCAGAGAUUCAUUAAGACGAUUAGGAAUUCAAUUUUUAAGCAAGUUUGAUGGUAAAACCACAGAGAUACUAUCAGUACCGAAAUUGUUAAUACCUAGCGGAGUUCUCGAUAAACAGAAGUUAAAAGUUAGUGAUAUCAAGACAAUUGAUUCGAAAGCUGUCGACAUCGGAUUAUUAAAGGUUGGAAAAAUUAACGAUAUGCCACUAUAUUUUAAAGGUUUUAAAUAA